AUGUCUACCCAACCUCUGCUCCAACGUACGGCCCAGAAGCGCAUCGCGCUGCCCGUUCGGGUAGAGCCCAAGGUUUCGUUCGCCAACGAGCGUACCUUCCUAUCAUGGUUGCACUUCACAAUCCUUCUUGGCGGCCUCUCCGUUGGCUUGCUCAAUUUCGGGGACAAGAUUGGCAAAAUCAGUGCAGCCAUGUUCUCUAUCGUCGCUAUCGCCAUCAUGCUUUACGCUCUGUACACCUACCAUUGGCGUGCAAACUCCAUCCGCAAGGGUGGCAAGGGCCCUUAUGAUGAUCGCGUUGGUCCUACUGUUCUGUGUGGCGCCUUGCUCGUAUCUGUCAUCGUCAACUUUGUUCUGCGCUUCACGGCCUCGGGCUGA